ACGUCGAUCUUUUGGGGGUAUGGCCAAGCUCUGCGUCGGCGACCUCGUGCUAUUGGUCGCUCAAGGCAGCGACCCGUCCUGGUCCCCCGAGUCGAGCGCGGACCCCCAUCCCGCGAUCGGCUUCCUCGCCUCCUGCGAGCAUGCAGUUCCUUCCUCGGGGAUCGUCCAUCGAGCGGCUGUGGUCGAGACGCUCACGCAGACCGAAGUGCUCGAGCCCAAGAGCGUCCUUCCAUGCGUCUUCCGCGUGGAGACCGUGCUCAACAAGGAAGACAUUGUCCGCGUCGACCUCCAGAGGAAGCUCGACAGCCAUGCACUGGAGCACGAGAUGACAUGCAAGGGCUAUGGUACCGAGGUGAAGCUUGGGCAAUGCAUUCGCCUCGUCCAUUACCACACCAACCAAGUGCUUUGCAUCAACGUCAACGAGCGCGGAGUCCAGCCCUUUACGAUGAAGGUUGGCUUCGAGUCCCCACAUGCGUUCAAUGUCGCUUGCGACGUGCCAGCUCGCGAGCAAUGGCUGGACUCGUGGCUGGAAGUGCAAGCUCCAGUCAAGACCAAGAUCGAUGGCGACACUGUCCUUAUUGAAGACGUAGUGCAUCUCUACAGCGCCCGCUGGGAGCGCUACCUCGACGUCGCAACGAGCCGCUUCCGAGAGAGCAUUCUCGAUGUCGUUGCUGGCUAUGGCAAGACACGGUGGCAGCUCGUGCCAUUUGCUAAACACGAGUCGCCAACGUCAAGCAUACCGGCGCUGCGCGGCGGCGAUAUUCUGCGCUUCUGCCACGUCGAGAGCGAGCACGUCCUCCAACUCACAUCAGACGCUCUGGCUCUAAACUCUACAACGAGCUCGAACGCACUCUGGGCGGUCGAGCCCCUCCACGCCAAGUGGGGCGGCCAAGCGAUCGCGUCCGAUGUCAUUCAGCUGCGCCACAUCGCUUCGGGCAAGCUUCUCGGCAUCACUGCUAACGCGCCGUUGUGCAUCUCGGCUUCGUCAACCGACAACGGGCCCGCCACGUUCUUUAAGCUCGCAAGCAAGCACGCUGGAUCGACGUCCUUUCACAUCCAGCACGACGAGAGUGGUGUCUGGCUCUGCGGUGUCGCAGGAAGUGACGACGCGACCAUACCGCUCCACUGCUGCCGCACCGUGCGCGACAGCGACGUCUUUCGAGUGCAUUUGCCGAGUGCAACCGAGGUGUAUGUGCUUUUGGACGUGCUUUUCACAAAGAACCAGUUUGCACGACACUGCGCACAGCUAGAGCGCGUCCCGCACUUGAAGGGACUCACGUUUCAAGACGUGCAGCCGCUUGAAAUUUGCCUACGGGCGGUGCAUAGCGUCCUGCGCCAGCACCCGUCGCUCAAGUUCAUCCUCUGGGAUCAGUCUGUCUUGGCGUCGCUCCUCGACAACUUUGCAGUCAUCUUGCACGCGCAUCAAGGCGCGUAUCAACGGCACGCGGAGCUGCGUACGUGUGUCCGCGCGCUUUGCUUCCUCAUCGAGGACUACGUCACGGACGAUCCGACAAGCCAGCGCACGAUCCACCCGUACCUUCCGAUGCUACAAGACCUCCUCGGCGCCAACGAAGCUGUCGCCAAAGCGCUCACAGCUUGCGUGCGCGACAACGAGUCGUUCCUACAUUGCAUUUCGCGCCGCCAGAUCCAAGAGACACUAGAUCGCAUGGCGCAACCGGCUGCGUUUGAGUGGGCCCACGAGUACUGGGUCUACCUCGAGACGCUCUGCACGUGCAAUGGCGUUGUGCUCGGCAAGAACCAAGCGCUCAUACUGGAGGAGCUCUUGGUGCGGAACAUCUUGCCUACGUUGGUGGUGCAAGGCUCGGAGGUGCUCGUGCUUGUGCCCCAAAUGACGGCGACGUGGGAGGUUGUUGCCAGUGCGCUCGGCGAGCCAACACAGCUGUAUGUUGCGAAUGCGUUUUGCCUCCUCGCACGGCUGCACCGCGAUGACGCGCGACCAUCGAGCCCGCUGAUGCAAUUCGUCGUCGACCACGGGCUCCGCUUGCUCGAGAACGAAACCAUUCCCGAUUGCAUCCGCGCGGGGCUGUGCGCAUACAUGACAGCCCACGACGUCCACGGACACGCGUCAACGCUGUUUUACAAGCAAGAUUUCUCCGCCGUCUCGUACGCUCGAAGUUGGCUCGUGCCGAGCAAACCCAUGUGUACGCGUACUCUGGACCCGUCGUCGUCGUGGACGUGGGAAGAAUGCAUGGACCAAAUCACGCCGUACGCGACGUUUGCCGAAACCUAUUUGACUCGGACCAUCGCAGCUAAUCCCGAAGUGUUGGCACGCGGCACGCGCCAGUUGCUCUUGGCUGUGAUUGCACUCGCAGAAACCUGCGUCUGCCUUGGGUACUACCAGACUCCAAAGCUUCUCACUGCGCUUGUGCGCGUGCUGGUGACGUACCUCGGCUCGGCGACGGGCGACGCCGUCGACAUCAAGGUUCGCAUCUGCCAUGUAUUGUCCAAGCUUGCGACGGGGCGUCUCAACAACCAAGUUUCGGCGCUUGUGGACGUUGUGCGUCAACACAGUGCGGCGGUCAGUGCGAUGACGCACCUGGCUCUCGAAGAUGCCUUCCAUACCGUGCUUGUCCAAGACGACUGCUACGCAAAUGUCCACUACGUCGACGUGCUCUGCAGUCUCUGUCGCCACGGGUGCCACGAGCUUACCAUGUUGGCGCUCGGUUUGCUCUACUCGUACUUCAACACACUCCCCGAAAUCCGGCGCAUCGCCGAGAGCCUUUUGAUUCUGACAUCGGACGCGUGGGAGCGCAUCUAUGACGAGCUCCGGGACAUUGCCCACGCAAUGGACGGCGAAAACCCCGAGGUGCCGCUCCAUCGCGCCUUGGCUGUCGUGACGGCGCAGCCCCUUGAAAAGUACCAGCAAAUGCAGCGCCUUCUCUUCCAUGUUGGACUCCACACGAUCGUCAUUGGCCUUCUCCAACGCCAAGCGACGCGUGCUUCCACCGAGUGGAUUCGCCAAUGCUACCAGAUUCUCGUGCACAUGAUUGGCUGCGACCGCUCGUUCGAGUCACUCCUUGUGGCGCACGUCGAUCUCUUCUUGCGCGACCUUCCGUUCUUCCCGAGCGAAGUGUCUCACUUCGUGCGCAGCGUCUUGGGGCACAACGAAGCGCUCGUGCAAUCGAUCCCGGCCGCGCAAGUGACCCGCGUCGCCGACUUGCUCGUGGCACCCACGUUCCUCGAAGCGCCGUCGGCGCGGUCGCGGCUCCUUGAGGUAUUAUUGCAUUUGGUCGUGACCAAGCAAGGCGAGUACAUUGAGACCAACCAAACGCUCGUCUUCAACGCGCUCUCGUCGCACCCGACGACUCUCGACCUCUUUACGGAAGAGGCAGGGUACCAAGCACGGCUCGACUUGAUGGCCCGCGUCGACAAGCCACUCGAGAUGGUGUUGCUGACGAGCACGCACUGCAUCGAGAGCAUGCUCAAAGCGCACCCAGACCUCCAUCGACUGCACUACCACGCGACGCUGCUGCACCUUCUCUCGGCAUGUAGCCAAGGCAAGAACCACCGCGUCGAAGUCGAGUGCCGGUCGCUUCUCUCGCUCAACGAAAUCGUACGCGCGCUCGUCGAUGGUCGCACCGUUUUCAGCGUCCGGAAGGCCCUUUUGGCGUUCCUUGACGCGGCGUACUUUGACGUCCAGAUUCCGAUCGCUGGCUUGGCCGAGAACCCCGCCGUGUGGUCGCUCCUCCAGUACGUGGUACACGACCUCACUGUCGUGCUCCACAUGGCCGACGCCAAGUAUUUCGAGGGCAAGGAGCUGCCCGCAAACGUCGAAGUGACGCUGGCGACGCUCACGUCCGAGGCGCGUAUCUUCAGCGCGAUUCUGGCUUUUCUCGACGACGGCGUCCUGCCGAUGCUGACCAACUUUUUCUCUCAAGUCGCUAUGACAUUGACGACUGCACACGCAAAACACAGCCAAGUGACAAUGCACAUCGUCGCGGUCCUCGUCAAGAUUUUGGACAUUCCGCGUCUGCCCGAGCGAACCAAGGCCGCCACGAUUGCAGUCGUGUCGAGCAUCAAGGAGAACAGCAUUUUGGCCGAGCACUCGCCUUCAGUUACGCUCACGUCUGCUGCGAGCAGCUUCUCGCGCCUCGUGAGCCACAAGCUGCGCACGAUUUCUGUCCUGCGUGUCUGGAAGAGCGAGAUCAAGCGGCAGUCGCUUUGGCACAAGGUCAAGCGAGAGGCGCCACGCAUUCGAGCAAUCUCGACGGCGACGUCCAUGCGGCCACGGAAGGAUUCGGGGUCCUUCCGGCUCCGGUACCGCGUCGACGCUGCGGCAAAUUGUACUGUCGACACGCCCAUCGAAGCCUUUGUGCCGGCACAGCUGCGGGGCUUUCUCAGCGGGUUCGAGUCUACGGCGCUGUAUCGCUCGACUCUGCUCCAAGCCGAAACUUCGUUUGUUCAAGCCCUCUUGUCACCGUCCAUGGACGAUGUCGUCAGUCACGUCAUUGCCUACAUGUGCCAGCACGACAAAGAGAGCGCGACCAACGCCCAUGAACAGCCGCACGUGCAUUUGAACCUUCUUGGAUGGCUCCUUGACGGCCGCGACGAGGACCUCUGCGAGCAACAAGACCGACUCGCUCGCCUUGGUGGUGGGGCCAUGGUUCUGCAAUUGCUCUCCAAAGCGAUUCACGACGUCCACGGGUAUCCGACGCUAGUCCAAGAGACUCUCCACGUCGGCUUGGCCAUGCUGCGCGACGGCAACCCACGCGUGCAAGCCGACAUGUUUGGCCAUGUUCAAGCGCUUGGCGAGUCCUUUGUGAGUCGUCUCGUGCACUUUUUGCGCCUGCCGCACGACGACGAGCUCUUGCCGAUCGUGAUGGACCUUCUCGAGUUUCUCCGGCUUCUCUGCGAAAACCACUUUGCACCAAUGCAGCACUACGUACGGAACCAGCGCAACGCUGUGCGCACGUACGACCUUGUCGACGAAGUCAUCUCGUACCUCUGUGGGUUUCUCUGGGUCGUGGAUCCGCGCACGCACUCGCUGGUGUGGAACAUCACGUCGGCAAUGCACCUCGGCGUCGUUGUUCAGGCGCUCAACACGCUCGCCGAGUUUGUGCAGGGCUGCGACGCCAACCAACGCUCUGUGGGCGCUUCCACCGAACUCCUCCACGCCAUCAACGACGUUUUGCGCCACCACCAUGCGACCCACCCGUCUUUGUCGUCGGACGCAGAACUACCGCUUGUGUACGACAACUGUAGCGUCACCCAAGUACAGGAGCUCAAGCACAGCGCAAUCGUGCUCGUCUACAGCAUCCUUGAAGGCAACCGAGAUGCUCGCAUGCCAGCCCGAAUGCUUGCGACACUGGACGUGGCGACGUGGAGUGCCUACUGCAACGACGUCAAGCGCGAGUAUGACGUUUACGCCCGACUUGUCGAACGCGCUCUCGAGACGACGAGUGUAGCCAAGGCCGCCGUGACGAUCGACGCGUCCGAGCACGAGCGUCAUCUAUUGACAUCGCUCGAGGCAGACGAGGUAUCGGUGGAGACGCUCCAAGCAAAAGUGCGCAGCCACUGGACCAUCUGCUGCGAUGUCUACGUUCUCUUUCAGACACUCUUGACGCCUAGCGAUGAUGCGGUUGCGACGAUGCAGACGCAGCUCGAGGCAGGUGCACCGUCAUUUUUCAACUGGACCAAGCUCGCAGCGAGCGUCGGGUCGAUCGAGAUUGUGCGCGAGACCGACCUCGAGACCAUUUACUUUCGGAUUCCCGACAUUUGUCUGUCGCACUGGGAGCACCGCGUCAUUCGCGACUCGCGCGAGCGCAUGGUGUACAUGUUUACCAAAGACAGCCAGAUGAGCAAGCUGGACAGCUUUCACCGGUACUCGGUGCUGCUGCUGGAAGAACUACAAUACUGCGCCCACUUGGAUGCGUCGCCAUCGCCAUUGCUCCGCCUCGUGCUACACGCUGAAGACCCCGUCAUGCACUUGACCUUUUGGCUCGCACUGGGCCUCAACGGCCUCCACCUCUUCAACCACAGCUUUGGAACGGGCGACAUGGCGACCGUCGACGCCCGCGUGUACGUGCUCGCGGUGGUCAUGGCAGUGUCGCACUUUGGGCUGUCGCUCGUGCGCCUUGUCGUGUCGAUGGUGUCGCGACGACAGUAUAUUCUGAGCAACUACAAGUGGCAACGCCUCCGCGCCGAGACGGCGGGGGCACCGCGUGUGCUCCAGAACGAAGCUGUGACGACACCGCUUUUGACAACCCAUGCGCUGCUGUCGUUGCCGUCCGACCUCGUCAAGCUUGUACUUGAUCGCCAAACGGUACCGAGUGGGACAUGCAAGACGUUUACAGCAACGUCGCGGUCACCAGUGCCAAGUACGGACGUGCCCAUCGAAGCCCGCGUGUCGUCGUUGGCCCUCGUUGUCUACAACACAAAGUACAAUCUCCUGUACUCGAUUCUCGGCUGCCUCGGCUGUGUCUUGCUCGUGCCUGCGCUCUCGGUGCGCGGUCUCCGCAUCGUGUGCUAUGCCCUCAUGCUCUUGGACGUCUGCUUCCACCGAACCCUCUCCAAUGCCCUUUUGGCCGUCGAGCAGAACCGCAACUCGCUCGUUCAGACGUUUUACCUCAUUUGCGUCGUCGUGUACAUCUAUACGGCGGUCGGCUACAUGCUUUUUCAUGACCAAUAUGGCGUUCUCGACGAAGUCAACACGGGCUGCCGGACGCUCAUGGAGUGCGUCAUCACGCACUUCAACCAAGGCCUGCGCCAGGACAUUGCGUCCGUCAUGCAUAUCGUGUCGUGGCAGAGCAACCCGACCAUCUCGGUGCUCCGUCUCGGGUUUGACGUGUCGUACUGGCUCAUCAUUUGCGUGCUCUUGCUCAACAUCAUUGGUGGGAUCAUCAUCGACGCCUUUGGCGAGCUGCGCGACCACCGGGCGUCGAUCGAGAAGGACAUGGAGAGCAACUGCUUCAUUUGCGGCAUCGACAGCUUGCAGUUUCAGCGGCACGGCGAUGGCUUUGACGCGCACGUUCGCCACGACCACAACAUGUGGCAAUACAUGUUCUACCGCCAGCAUCUCUACGAGAAACGGCCGCAAGAGUACACGGGCCAAGAGAGCUACGUUGCGGAUCUUCUCAUGGCGGGCGAAACGUCCUUCUACCCGGUCGGCAAGGCCAAGCGCUUGGCGGCGACGUAGUCCGAGAUUGUUAAUUACAAACGUCGACGGCGCCUUGAAGUUGGGUUGACC